AUGCAUCAGGGAAUUCCUGAACAGGUAGAUGUUCCACCAGUUGCCCAAGUUCCUGUUCUGGCAGCAGCAAACUCCCCAGCAAUCAUUCCUCCAGUGCAAGCAUCACAACCUGCUGCUGCACCUGCUGUUGUCCCUAAUGCAAAUCCACUGGAUCUCUUCUCACAGGGCCUACCAAAUGUGGGUGCAAAUGCUGGUGCUGGCAAUUUGGAUUUUCUUCGAAACAGUCAACAGUUCCAAGCAUUGCAAGCUAUGGUGCAAGCAAACCCUCAAAUUCAGCAGGUUAGGCUUCUCAUAAAGAAACAAAAUGCCUGUUGAUAGCUUGGUCAUUUUGGUGGCAGACGGACACUAAAUAGUACUCAUGCUACACUUAUUGUUUUGCAGCCUAUGCUUCAAGAGCUAGGGAAACAAAAUCCACAUCUUGGGCAUCUCAUACAAGAGCCUCA